CAACGGUUAUCGGCCGAAGGAGUUGUUUCGGAUGACGUUAAGAGGAAACUUGAGGAAAAAAGACGAGAGCAGGCAAAUCGAACUGAAGAGUAUCGUCAAGAACUAGAAGCGAUGAAUCGAAGGUUGCUGAGUAGGGCUUUAGUGCUGGAACAACAAGAAAUGCUUAUCGAAAAGCAAAGGUUCCAGAAGAAAUACGAAGAGAGUAUGGCAAAGGUGAGAAGUGGCAUUAAAAAGGUUACUUUCAAGGACUCGUCUUCAGCCAGAGCCACCAGCAACAACGUACAAGAACUCGCCUCUUCUAGAUCCUCUACAGCUUCUGGUUCCUCACGGAAGUCGUUGAAACAUGAAAACGGCAAUUCGAAAAGCGAUGAAGGGACGACGGUAACCGUCGAUGGUGGUGGGACAUACUCUUCAUUCGAGACAUAUUCUGGUGAUGAAGCAGAUUCCUCUGAUGAUAGCAGUAAGUCAUCGACACCGUCUGAUGAUAAACUGUCGAAAAUUUCCGAGGAAAAGACCGCAACAACCUCAAGAUCGUCGGUGUCAAGAUCGUCAUCCUCAUCAACUGCAUCCAGUAAAUCACGCUCAAACUCUUGA